UACGCUUGUUCUGGCAGUGCUGCAGCCUCAGUAACAUGGCUAUCAGCCCUUAGUUUGUGGCAGGCUGUGUCAUAGGGUGGAUGCGCACAUCGCCCUCAAAUUAAAGGGACCUGGGCUACCUCGUGACUUAGAUUCAAGCCAACCUGGGCAGUGCUAGUGUUGUUUGAGGUGGUGUAUUAUGAUAGUGGGAUCCAUGAGCGAGGCCACUCUUUCCUCGGCCCCACACCUUCUCCCUCAUUCUAUACCCCAAGUUUCGUUUUCAUCGACGGCCACGAUGUUGCCGUCGUUCGGGUUCACGCAGGAGCAAGUAGCGUGUGUUUGUGAAGUAUUGCAACAGAGUGGCGAUAUAGAGCGCCUUGGGAGAUUUUUAUGGUCUCUGCCGGCAUGCGAACAUUUACACAAAAAUGAAUCGGUACUUAAAGCUAAAGCACUGGUAUCAUUUAAUCGAGGAAAUUUUAAGGAUCUGUAUAGGAUUCUCGAAUCUCAUAAUUUUUCGUCGCAUAACCACAACAAAUUGCAGCAAUUGUGGUUAAAAGCACAUUAUAUCGAAGCGGAAAAAUUACGAGGCAGACCUCUAGGAGCGGUCGGCAAGUACAGAGUUCGACGGAAGUUCCCUCUUCCUCGCACAAUUUGGGACGGAGAAGAAACCUCUUAUUGUUUCAAGGAGAAAUCCCGCAAUGUUCUUCGAGAUUGGUACGCUAGUAAUCCAUAUCCCUCGCCCCGCGAAAAGAGGGAACUUUCCGAAGCCACGGGCCUCACUACAACUCAAGUUUCUAAUUGGUUCAAGAACCGGCGGCAGCGAGACCGAGCAGCCGAGCAGAAGGACGGCGACGGCAAGACGCCGCCGUCAGGCAGUGCACCGCCUUCCUCCUCCACUCACCUGGACAGCGGCUCGGAGUCCCAGGACGACAUGAAGCCUUCCCUGUCCGGCCUCGACUCCCCCAUCCCCCACACGCAGGCCCAGGGCCUCCACACACCACAGCCCAACCCUUGGCAAGAUGUUUGGUGUGGUCGCCAGGACGCGCUGAGCCAGCACGCUGAGCUCUACGGGGAUCUAUCCAAAGUGACGGGCGGCGGCCACCCCGCCAUGAGCUCUGUGCCUGUGAGCAGUCCGGCCUCUGCCAUCGCUGCUGCUGCCGCUUACCAGGCACAACUCAGCCUAGCUGCAGCUGUUGCCACCAGAAAUUCAACAGUCGUAGGCAGCUGUGGAGGAAGUAUUUCUGUUGGUGUCAACGAUCCAGCAGCUGCAGUUACCGCUGCUGCAGCGAUGGCGUCACACCAUCAUGAUCUGCUACAUGAUUACCACUCCUUGUGACCACAACAGCAUUAGUGCAGCCAAUCCUGGCCGCACUCACACGACGCUAUUUAUGUACAGAUAUAAUAUCGUAUUUAGGCAAUACUAGAUAGAUCUGCACAAGGUUUUGCUGCUAAGCAGCGCUCUAAUACUCUUCUAAUAAUAUUGCUGUAACCUUUGUGUGUCGUUCCUUUCUUUAAGAAAUGUAGAAACUUCAUGGAACUUGUCAUGAAAUUAACGCAUAUUUCUUGUCCAUAGCGUGCUAGAAAAGAGUGAUCCAUGCAGUUUAAUAUGUGAAUAUUUGUAAGUUCAAACGCUUUCGAGCACAGCAAAUCAAAACAUUUGUAUUCCUAAAUCAUAUUGGAAAUGAAAACUCUUGUGCAAGUUUUGGUUCAAAUUCAAAUGAUUGUUUGAAUUACUGCUUGAACUAAUGUUUGAAUACACGAAACCUGUAGUUUUAUUCGUGUUUUCUCUUAACUCUACGAAAUUCACCGUUAUAUGAAACAAAUUUCCUCAUUGAAAAUGCAUCAAUGAAAUUUUCAAACGUUCUAAUCACCUCGCAACGACUCAAGUUGGAGCCCUGGAAAAUGGGCCCAUGCGUUAUAACUUUUAUGACUUGUUUUAAUGAAUAUGAAAGAAGUCAAGGAAUCUUGUUUGAUUAUAUUACAUCACUCAGUGAGGCUAUAUUCAAUGCAAUCAGUGAGAAGGUCCAUUUUUUUGCGAUAACUCCCAUAAAAUGAAAAAUUGUGGUUGAUAUAAAUUCUAGUUUGCAUUCUAUUUCAUAUCGAUUUUAUGUCAUGUAAUGAUACUUUGUUUUUGAUCGUGACAGAUUUGUUUUGAAAAAUUAAUUAAUUCAUUCUUUAAAAUUAAUUGAAAAUGA